AGUAUUACAAUUAGCAUAGUAUUAUAAUUGUACUGCCUGCCCAACCCCUGUCCUCUAUUUUUUUUAAAUCCAAUGUAUGGUCACCCUAUCUGAAAGAAAGGACAACUAACUGUGGUGAAAUAAUGAGAAAUAAAUGCACACACACACAACAAAUCACAUAUAUGGUCAAUUUCGAAUUUGAAUGAGAAUUGCUGAUUAAUACCAAUUCAGUCCUUAAAGGAACUGAAUAUGGUGACGGGAUUUGAUACAUUUUUAUUGUUUAAUCACAGAAUCUCAGGUUUCAAGGGCGGAUGUAGAAUUUUAAUGUAAAGUAAAGGAAAUUGAAUUGCUUUAAAUUCAGAUUAGGCUAAAAGAUUUGAAUGCUUUAACACUGCCUUCAGUGAAAUGGUGGUGUGUGCUGAUGUCAAUCUUUGGAUUUGCUGCCGGGCGUUAAGUGCUUGUUCACGGCCUACCUGAAAAUGGGGAUUCUAAUUGAUAGCUCCUCUCUAAUUAGCUUGUACACCUGUGGUGAGGCUGCGGAGUUUGGUAUAUAAGACUCUCAUCAGUAUAUAACUCCAGUUCACUGAUGAAGGUGAUAUACCUCAUUUUAACUGGAAUUGGUGAGUGUGGACCUUUCUAGAAUUUAAUUAACUGAUUUUUUUGUUUCCUUAACCAAAUUGCAGAUAGAUUGCAAUCUAUUUAUGCUAAAAAAAAUAUAUACUACUUUUGCUGCCAUGUGUUAAGUGCUUGUUCGUGGCCUACUUGCAAUUAGAGGAUUUGAUUGGUAGAUCCCCACUAAUUAGCGUGUACACCUGUGGCGAUGCUGUAGAGUCAGGUAUAUAAGACUGCCAUCAACAUAUAACACCUUUUCACUAAUGAGGGAAGGCAGCAUGCUGAAACUUUAACUUUUAGCCAAAGUUCAACUCAACUAAAACUAUUGAGUGCAGAUCUUUCUUAAAUGAAGCGAGCUGAUGAGGUCGACCACGCUGGGACUGCUCUUCCUGUUCAGCGUUCGAGCGGUCUUCAACAUGGGAGGGGGGGUCCAGGCUGGGGGGACCAGCCGCCAACGCCGCGCCCAGUCCGGCUUGGGAGGGGGCCGAGGCACCCCAUCGGGAGGCGGGACCCCCCACAGCACGACCAACCUCUCUGUUUCGACGACAGACCCCGAACUCCUCGCGGGGAAACUCCGAUCAGCGCACGGCACUGGCGCUAAACUUCAUAACGCAGCCUCAAGCUCCAGCUCAACUCUUCACCCGAAACUCUUCCCCAAACCCCCCACGUCUGUCCCCGCUCCGCAUCCGAAUCUCCCCGAUGCGAGCCCCUCCUCGAACCCGGCGCCGGGCCCGGAACUUUCCGACGAGCCGCUGAGGAACGUUCCUGGCGCUAGCCCCAAACUCUUCGUGGAGUCUCCGGACGGCAUCCCCACCGUGGACCCCAAACUCUUCAACAAGCGGCGCUACCGCUCGCCCCGGGUGCUGUUCAGCGCCCACCCGCCCGACGCGGAGGGGGGCGGGGCCAGGGUGCGGCGGCGCGCCGCUCAGCCCCGCCACCGGGGGGUGUACUCCGUCUGCGACAGCGUCAGCAACUGGGUGGGCAACAAGACCACGGCCAUCGACAUCACGGGCAACGAGGUGACGGUACUGCCGGACGUGCGCGUCAACAACAUCGUGAAGAAGCAGUACUUCUUCGAGACCACGUGCCACGUGAUGCGCGGCGGGGGCGGGGGAGGGGGCGGCGGUGGGCGGGCAGGGGCGGGGGCGGGCAGCUGCCUGGGCAUCGACAGCCGCCACUGGAACUCGUACUGCACAAACACGCACACCUUCGUGCUCGCCAUGACCUCCUUCAAGAGCCUGGUGGCCUGGCGGCUGGUGCGCAUCAACGCCGCCUGCGUCUGCGUGCUCAGCCGCAAGUCCUGGAGGCAGUGACCCCCGCACCGUGCCAACAGCGCCCCCUGCUGCCCCCCGCUGAACCUGCAGCCUGAUCAUCUAAACACCAGCCAGACAUUCACCACCACACACACACAUGCGCACACAUACGCAUAUAUAUACACACACACACGAACACACUCUCUCACACGCGCACACACACACACACAUGCAUGCACACAUACGCAUAUAUACAUAUACACACACACACACAUAUGCACAUGCACCUACACGCACACACACACACACACACACAUGCACAUAUGCACACACACACACACCAUUCUUCACUCUGUAAAUUAUUGUUUAAGUUAUGAAAACUGCAUGUUAUGUUAUAUAUAUAUAUAUAUGAAGCAUUUAUUGUUGUGCUGCUGUUAACAUUGUUAUUUAUUAAACACUUCAAUAGAGGGCUAGAGCACAGAUGUGCUUUCUGAGUGGAGUUACCGUCUGUCGUCUGUACACGCUGUACCAAGGAGGCUGUUCUCACAACGUAAUCUUCAGCACGAUAUUUCUCGCAAAGCAAAGAGCAGAGUAGAUCCCAGCCACACUGAGCAGCUCUAUGACCCGGUCGCCAUGGCGAUAACCUUCGAACUGCACGUGUCAAAGGUCAGGUGUAUUUGUGGUCAGCAGCUGUGAGGUCACAGCUCAUAAUAGCCAAAUUGCCCAAGCUCCG